GGGUCAGAACCAAUCCGGCCUCGGUGGCCCCGGCGGACCUCCGGGUGACGGUGAUAAGAAGAAGGGAGACAAGAAGGAUAAGCCCAAGUACGAGCCGCCGCCACAGCCAACCACGCGCAUCGGCCGCAAGAAGAAGAAGCAGGCCGGACCAAACGCCGCUGCCAAACUGCCCACCGUCUACCCGACCGCGCGAUGCAAACUCCGAUACCUGCGCAUGCAACGCGUGCACGAUCAUCUACUGCUGGAGGAAGAGUUCGUCGAGAACCAAGAGCGGAUACGGAAGGCGAAGACGGCAAACGAGAAGAGUGCUCCUGCCAGCGGCGAGGGCGAGGAUAGAAACGCCGACGAGCGGAGUCGUGUCGAUGAUAUGCGUGGCUCUCCGAUGGGCGUCGGAAACUUGGAAGAGCUCAUCGAUGAUGACCACGCCAUUGUCUCCUCCGCCACCGGUCCCGAAUACUACGUCUCCAUCAUGUCCUUUGUCGAUAAGGAUCUCCUCGAACCGGGCGCAUCCAUCCUGCUGCAUCACAAGAGCGUGUCAGUUGUUGGUGUGCUCACAGACGAUGCAGAUCCCGCAGUCUCGGUGAUGAAAUUGGAUAAGGCGCCUACAGAAUCAUACGCGGAUAUUGGAGGACUCGAGACACAGAUCCAGGAAGUGCGAGAGGCCGUCGAGCUGCCUCUACUACAUCCGGAGCUGUACGAAGAGAUGGGUAUCAAGCCACCGAAGGGUGUGAUUCUGUACGGUGCGCCAGGAACAGGAAAGACGCUGCUCGCCAAAGCCGUCGCCAACCAAACAUCUGCCACAUUCCUGCGCAUUGUCGGCUCAGAACUGAUCCAGAAAUACCUCGGAGACGGUCCUCGAUUGGUGCGACAGCUUUUCCAAGUUGCGGCCGAGAACGCUCCCUCGAUUGUCUUCAUCGAUGAAAUCGACGCUAUUGGAACGAAGCGAUACGAGAGCACGAGUGGAGGAGAGCGUGAAAUUCAGCGAACCAUGCUGGAACUGCUGAAUCAACUCGACGGUUUCGACGACCGAGGAGAUGUCAAAGUCAUCAUGGCUACAAACAAGAUUGAAACCCUCGAUCCUGCGCUGAUCCGUCCUGGCCGUAUCGAUCGUAAGAUCUUGUUCGAGAACCCCGACCAGAACACCAAGAAGAAGAUCUUCACGCUUCACACCGGCAAGAUGAAUCUGGCUGAAGAUGUCGAGCUGGAUGAGUUCAUCAGCCAGAAGGACGAUCUGAGCGGUGCGGAUAUCCGUGCCAUUUGCUCCGAGGCUGGUCUCCUGGCGCUGAGAGAGCGGAGAAUGAGAGUCAACAUGGCUGAUUUCCGUGCUGCAAGAGAGAGUGUGCUGAAGACCAAGACGGAGGGUGAGCCCGAAGGAUUGUACUUAUACAACGAAAAGCAGAGACUUGCCGAAAGACACCUAAAAUUCAACAUUCCCGCUCUUCUCGAAGCAGCAGCCAAAUCCAUCGAUCGAUCGAAAAAAGACAUCAAGUCGUUCCGCAAAUUGGCAGAAGGCGGCUUUAAUCGAGUGUUUGAAGUGACUAUGAAAGAUGGCUUUCAGGUCAUCGCCCGUCUUCCGUAUCCUUCCACUCAGCCAAGGCUACUGGCGACUGCGAGUGAAGUGGCGACUAUGGAUCUUGUUCGGAAGUAUGGUGUGCCGACGCCAAUGGUGUAUGGGUAUUCUACUGAUGCGAAGAAUGAGGUUGGUUCGGAGUAUAUUUUGAUGGAGAGGGCGACUGGGCGGUGUUUAGGUGAGGUUUGGUAUGAGAUUUCUGAUAAGGAAAGGGUUAAAGUUUUGGGAGAGAUUGUGAAGCAGGAGGCGAAGAUGUUUGAGAUUGGAUUUCCUGCGUUUGGAAGUGUUUUUGGUGCAGCUGAUCUGCCUGAGCAUAUUGGUCGUGUUGAAGUGGGGACGGAGGCUGGAGGAUUCUGCGUUGGUCCUGAUGUAUCGCUCAAGAACUGGUUUGGGACGCGGAGUCAACUUGGCAUGCCGAGAGGUCCAGCUUUGACUGCUCAGCAAGUCCUCGAAGAUGGAGCUAGGAAAGAAAUAGCGUGGUUGCGGGCACAUGGCAAACCACGUUUGCCAUUCGACAGAGGGUACCGUGAGAUGUUCAGCUACGACAAAGUCGAUCCAAGAGAGCACACUGCCAGUCUUGAGAAGUUUCUCAAAAUUGCUGCAUACAUUGUGCCUGAAGAAGAUUGGCUUGACAAACCUGUAAUCCGCCAUCCGGAUCUCAACCCAAACAACAUUUUCGUGGACGACAACUUCAACAUCACAAGCAUCAUAGACUGGCAGCACGCGACUAUCUUGCCUUUAUUCCUGCAUGCUGGCAUCCCAGUCGCUUUCCAGAAUCACGGCGAUCCGGAUUCAGAAGAGCUGAAGAAGCCCGAGCUGCCCUCGAACCUCGACGAAUUAGAUGAGGACGACCGAAAGAAAGAUCUUGAGCUCUAUCGGCGGCGACAUACGCAUUUCUACUACGUUGGAGCUACCGCAACGAUGUUGGAUUUGCACUACAAGGCCAUGGCUCAUGACAGGGGACUCUUUCGGAAGAAAAUGUACCAGCAUGCUGUCGAGCCAUGGGAGGGAAACAGUAUCCUGUUGAAAGCCAAUCUGGUUAUGCUUUCGAAGGAAUGGGAUAUGUUUGCGACGAGUUCAGGGUCUGAGGAUAAUGACCAAAAAGAGAUUUCAACGUGUCCGAUAUCGUUCGACGAACAAGAUGCCGAAGAAACUAUUGGAAAGAUGAUAGAGCAAGAAGACAUCGACAGGAAAAUGCAAAUACUACGAGACGUGAUCGAGAUCAGUACUGAUGGCUGGGCAUCACAUCAGAGAUAUGAUGAUGCUGUGGCAGAGGCGAACCACAUCAAAGUCCAAGCGCUGAGCUAUGCUGAGAGUGAGCUUGGACGCAAGAUGACGGACGACCAUCGGCCUUUUGGUGAUUUUGAUGAGGAGGGGCAAAGCUGA